AGCUUCAGGCUGCUGCCAGCGAUGAGAUGGAUAAUAAGCUUCUUCAACUACAUGCAUAUGAGAAAUCAAGAAAACUUGGAAAGUUUUUCGAUAUAGUUUAUCACGAAAAUGCUCGCUUUCUUCUUCAUGAUGAGAACAUAUAUCGUAUUGAAUUUUCACCAAAACCAAAGACACUAUCUAUUCAACUUAUGGACUGUGGAAAUGUUAAGCAUGAAGUGACUGCUAUGUCAGUGGACCCAAUUUUUUCAGCCUAUCUGCAUAAUAAAUUCCUCUCCAUUGUCCCGGACCAAAAGACAUCAGGGAUUUUCAUGAAAAGGAAUAAACGUGGAUAUGCCGGUAAUGAUGAGUUGUCAAGCCAGGUUAUGGAAGGACUACAAAUUAUUAAUGGUCUGGAGUGUAAGAUAGCUAGCAAUUCUUCUAAGGUGUCGUAUGUUUUAGAUACAUAAGACUUCAUGUUUCAGAUGAGAAGCAAAAGAAAAGCUUUGCGUCUGAAGGGGUCAUGCCAUGAACAAGAGAAGUCUUCAAACAUUCGUUCAAGCAGAUGCAGUCCUUCUAAUUGCCGCUGUUUU